CAAUCAGUCUUUUGGAUUUCGCGAAACAAUGCGGUCGCCGUACGAAGAGAGCGCUGCCGCCGCCGACCACAAGUACCAAUACCAAUACCAAUACGGCGGCGCCAAUAAUAACAAUAAUUACUAUAAAAACUAUAAUGUGAAUGGCAAUGGGCAGGCGAAUGGAAAUGGGAAUAUUAGUGGAGGCGGAAUUGGAAUUGGAAAUGGAAAUGGCAAUGGCAACGGAAUACCUUAUCACGCGCGCGAGAAUUCGUUGCCAUUUAGCUAUGGAAUAGCCAAAACUUCGACGCCGCUACGCAAAACUCCGACCCCGACGCGAGCGGAUAGUUUCCUCGAUUCGUUCGAUUUUGGCAGUGGAAGCGGGAAGGGGAGUGGUAACGGUGCCACCACCGAUAUGAUAAAGCCUCCGGCCCGUCUAACGAGCCCUUUGCUGGUGCGCAAAACACUCGGAAACGGCUCUAGUCCCAGUAGUUCCACCAACACCAACACCAUAGCCAACACAUACCACUACAGAUCGGGCAGCACCACACCGACGCCGCUGAGAGAUACCUUCGAGCAGCAGCUCCGCGAGAGACGGGAAAAGGUGUACAACGAAUACAGGGAUAGAGAAAGGGAAGAUCGGGAAAGGGAACGAGAGAGAGUGCCGCCCACUCCGCCGCAGCGCCAUCACUAUGCUAGCAAUGGCUACGGAAACGGAGUACUGCGGAAUGGCCAUACAAAUGCCCCGGCGAACAGCAAGUACAACUAUGACUUCGAGUUCAACCUCAACCUGGACGACGUGAAACAGCAGGAGGAGCCCGCUCCCUACACCACGCGCAACAUUCACUUUGAGGAUCUGCGACGGGAGCAGGAUGUGCCAGAUGGCGUGGUCAAUCGGCGGACGACCAUGGAACGCAAUUAUCACACAAUUAACAGCUUGGAAGCGACCCACAAACGCCAGCAGUUGGAGCCGCUGGAACAACUGGGCGCCGUUUAUGGCCAGAACCACCUGGAGACGCUCACGCGCACUCGGCGCGAUCUCUCCAUGGCCGCUGCGCCACAGCUAGCUCCAUUGCCAUCGCCAUCGCUGGCAUCGCCGGGUUCGCCCAUCUAUGCCACUAGUGCGAAGAGAGUGAGCAACCCAAAUACCAAUGGCCAAGUGCAGAUGACGCCUAGUCCCACCAGCAGGCCAGAAACGCCCGCCUUUCCGGUCACACCGCGCACGCCUUUUGGGGCAGCCUCGUCGGCAUCAUCAACUGGGUCGACCCAGUUGGCCUCGGAGUCCAUCUACCAGACGGGUCCGCGUCGCGGAGGCGGAGCUUUGCCGCCUAUGGAGGUGUCCGCUGAUUCCGUAAAGUUCGCCAGGAGCUCCGCCAAGUUCUGGUACAAGCCCAAUCUGACCCGCGAGGACGCCAUCGCUCUCUUGGCUUCGGCCCAGCCAGGCACCUUUUUGGUUCGCGACUCUACCACUUACAAGAACUCGUACGGUCUGGUGGUGCGAGUGGCCCAACCACCGGCUGGAUCAGCAGAGCUGGUGCGUCACUUCCUUAUCGAGCCCACGCCGGAGGGAGUGCACCUGAAGGGCUGCGACGAUGAGCCCGUCUUCACCUCACUGUCUGCGCUGGUCUUCGAGCAUUCCAUCAGCCAGCUGGCGCUGCCCUGUUUGCUCCGCUUGCCCGAUCGGGACAUAGUGCCACCGGUGAGGGCCACAACGCCGGCUCAGCAGCAACUGCUCACGCACGGUGCUGCCACCAACGUCCUGUGGCUAUUCUCCUGCGACACGGAGUCGCUGACUGGAAACGAGGCUAUCCGCAAGGCCAUCCGGCUGAUGUACGCCCAACGCCCGAUGCCGCAGCCCACGGAGGUCCAUUUCAAGGUCUCUUCGCAGGGUAUAACCCUCACGGAUAACACACGCAAAAAGUUCUUCCGGAAGCACUAUACGGCGGAUGUCAUCUCACACUGCGCCAUCGACCCCGAGAACCGGAUGUGGACCAGCGAGGGUGACUCCGAAAAGAAGACCAUCUUCGCGUUCGUGGCCAGGAGAUCCCACAGCUCCACGGACAACCAGUGCCAUGUCUUCUGUGACCUGACCGUAAGCCAGCCAGCGGCGGCGAUUGUCUCUUUUGCCAAUCGGACCCUGCCCACGGAAAAGCUGCGCAACUACGUCCUUUAGAAAGGCAAGGGGCGUGGCAAGCGGGCAUGGGUUUACAGGUCAGCCAGCAGGAUUCCACUGGAGUGGAGCCAUCGAGCAGGCCCCCCCACCCACCAUCCAGUGCUGUGGGAUGUACUAACUAAUCACUUUACGAAAUUGUGUCUUGCGAUAUAAUGAGCUUAACUACGAAUAUGUUAACAGAAAAUGAUGUCAGCCGUAGUUUAUUUGGACACGCACACACUCCGAGAAGGCGGCAAUAUAUUUAUGGCAAAGCUAAAAUACACACAUGUGUGUAUUAUCAACUUGAAUUGACUAAAUGCACAGUGGGGCAAGUGGAUGCGGACCCAGACAGCCUGAUAACAGCUGGUGGAAGUGCCAAUUCAUAAUUGUUUAUAUGUCGAAUAUAUAAACAAAGCUAUGAUGUGUUUGGGACACAUUAAGGAAACCAGUUCCACUGUGCAGCUGAGAAUUGGAAUUGAUCACCGAAAGUUGACGUUUUAUUAGCGAAAAAAUAAUAUAUACUUUUGAGUUGUGUGUGCGUAUUUAUAUAUAUAUAUCCCUACGGCUACAAGGUGCGCUUGUCAGACAAACGGAAAUAAACUAAUAUAUAUCAGAUAAUUUAAAAUGGAUUAAUGUUAAUGUUAGAAAGUUGUUGAAUAAAACCCCCACAAGUCCCCUAAUUUAUACCAGUAAUAUCUAAACAUAUAUGUAUUUGCGUAAUAGUCUUAAGCUUUACUAAUGCAGUCAAUAUAAAUAAACGAAUAAAGUGCAAUGUUGUUAAACAGA